CAUACAUCUUACCUUGUGUGAUUUUGACGGCUUAGGUCAUUUGCUUGUCCCAGUGAGGCUUGUGGGCUUGCCCGCCGUAGUAUACAACCACCACCAACUUUCCAGCGAAGGACGCAGACACCCGGCUUUCGCUUUCGCUGGUCUCAUCUGAACGACGCCGCUAGAGGCUGGGACCGCAUCGUGUCGGACGGCACAAGAACUAUCGCAUUUGACUGAAUUACAUAUUGGUUUUCAAUUUGGGUUUUCGAUUGCGGAUUCGAGACCGUCAACCGGACCGGGAGCCAAAGGCCUAGGCACAGCAGCAAAAUGGCACAGAAGGUUAUCGAGCUUCCGGCUGCAGCCGCGGCAACGACCGAGAAGUCUAGCGGCAGCAACGCAGCCAUCUUGUUCAUCCCUAAGUCGGUGAUAACCGAACUGUACACCUCGGGCAUCUCUGUCGGAACCGCCAACACAGCCACGAAUCCUCUAGAUGUCAUUAAGGUUCGACUGCAACUUGCGAGAAACCAAGUUGCCGCUGGUGUCAAGCCACCUGGCAUGGUGGCGACUGGCAUCUCGGUGGUUCGGAACGAGGGCAUCCCGGCGCUCUGGAGCGGCUUGGGUCCCUCCCUCGCACGAGGGUUCUUCUUUGGCGGGGCUCGGUUGGGGUUGUACACGCCCAUCAAGACCGUAAUCUGCGGGGAGGCAGCAAAGCCAACGCUGGAGAUGAAGGUCCUGUCUGGGUCGAUAAGUGGCGGCCUCGCGGCGGCCGUGACAUCGCCCAUUGAGCUGAUCAAGACGCGUCUUCAAGCGGCAGGACGUGACCCGACGGCGGCUAAGACGAGUAUGGGUGUUAUCCGUGCUGUCGUGGCGCAAGACGGAAUCUCCGGGCUCUGGAAGGGAGCUAUGCCCGGCCUGAUUCGGUCUGCUAUCUUGACAGCGGCGCAAUGUGCCACGUACGAUGAGGUGAAACGCGGCGUCGUGGCGACUACUGGCUGGAAUGAUGGCGUUGCGCUCCAUCUCACCAGCUCGAUGAUUGCCGGUCUUGUGACAACCACGAUUACGAACCCGAUCGAUGUUAUCAAGACACGCAUGUUCGUCGGUGGCAAGACGUUCAGCGGGCCAAUUGAAUGCGCGAAGCACGUACUGCGGGCGGACGGCCUGGCUGGCUUCAUGAAGGGCUGGUCUGCUAGCUACGCUCGUCUGGGUCCCCAUACAGUCAUUAUGUUCUUGACGGCGGAGCGCCUUCGUAAAUAUGCCGGACUGCAGAGCCUCUAACAGCUUAAUCUUGACGCCCGGUAGUUUCUGACGAAAAUGAACUGUGUCGACUGGUCGACAGGCUCUGUCGCGUUUGGAAAAAAAGCAAGGCGCCUGUUUUAGCGUAGCCGCCCAGUUUAGUUUUACCUUGUUGGUGACGCCGUGUUCGGCCGUAUUUUUGGGGGCCCAGCGGGUUAGGUGGUGAUAAGGAAAGGGUUGCGACCAGCGAUGUUUUCCGGCAAAAGCUGUACCACAGGGCAUGUCUUCGAAAUGCGGGCAAUUAGGGCUUUCCUAACUUUCCUGUUUUCUUGAAAAGUGUGUGGAUAGGACGGGGCAUCAAUGAUAGAUGCCAUGGAUUGACCGAGGACUGAAGAGGCGGGGGUCGACACUUUGUAUGUGUGCGCUUGGUGUGUUUACGUAUUAUUGAGGGCAGGUGGUGCUAUUACGGAUCUGCUGUUGCUACUGCGGCUGUUGUUGGGGAAUUGUCAUGGGUUUUCGCUGCAUAUACGGCAAAGAAUAGUGAUAACACAAACCGUCGCGAUGGGUUGAGCGUUGUGGAACUGCUGGGCUUUUUUGAGUUGUCGCUUCUUGGUGAAGUACUGGAUAGGAGGUUCUGUACUGGAAAGGUGGGGGAUCUGCCGUUGUGGCUAUAUAAUAGUGGACAACCACCUUCGUGCCAUGCUCAUGCACGUGCAAGCAUGCUACACGUUUUCUGCGCAUGGAUCGCCACACGUGUCACCUUGUAUUUGGCGUGCUCCCUUUUGGCAAGAGCUGUGUCCCGAAGGGAAUUAUAUGAGCUCCUGAGAGGGGAAAAAGGCCAGGUCGCGCCAGUGACCACCUUUGUGUGUCAUGGCGGACAUCGCGACCGUAUUCGCAUUCGGAUAUUUGAUAAAGAUUGCGAGCACCCAAGCUGUGCAAAUGCAAGAGCAACGAUGCAUAUGUUGUAGGUGCAUAUAGUCCGUCCCCGGUCCAAUUGGUUAUGUGGGUUUUUGGAAACUGAACUGCUGCGCGUAUUGAGAGCUUUUAUGCUUUCUCUGGACGGAGCAGCAGGAGUAGUCUCACAACAGUAAGAAUACACUUUU